AAGCGAAUCGCCUAAACGACUCGCACCUCCUCACACGAUUCCUCUGUCACACCCAAAAUUGCAGAUCGAGCUCGGAUGCAACGGUCAAUUCGAGGUCGAGCAUUGGACCUUUUUCCUUUCAAGUACAACGUGUAAGCCAAUGCGGUAAAACUACAAUCAAGUACUAUCUUCAUGUCUGACAAAGAUGGCGUUUAAGGCACGCAAGAGACAGUCCAUACCAGCAGUGCUGCUGGGGCUUCUCCUGGUUGUCGUUUUUCUGCUGGAGGUAUCGCCCGUGUUUGGACAAGAACAUCAACAUCAUCAACGAGAGCUACGCAAGGGAGUUUCUCCACCGUCUUUAUCACCCAACCAGAUUGCUGACACACAGUUGCAACAAGAUCAGGGAAUAACGAUAAAAAAGACGCAACGAAAGCGAAAACGUGGGCGUCGUCAUCGCAUGCUCCAGGCCAAGGGACGCGCACGGCGGAGCAAGGGGCGGGGACGGGCGGAGGUCUUUCGUAGUAAACGAAGUCGUAGCAUUGACUCUAUCCAUGAUGCUCGACAAGGAGGAAGACCCGUCCGAUGCAUUGUUCGAGGAGAGCCUGUCGUCGCAGCUGUAGGGUAUCGCCGCCGACCCAAUGUUGGACGUGCUCGUGUGUCUCGACGAGGAGGUGGCAGCAGUCGAGGACGACGGGAUCUUCAAACAAGACGACAGAGUCGUAAUGAAGAAUACUGGCCAGAUGUUGACUCGGUCGACGAUUGCUUCUUUGGAGUCUUUGCGAUUCCUGCCGGGGCCAGGGUGACGAGACCGCCGACUCCAGCAACCGUGGCAUCGGUAGCACCCAGCGUCAUGCCCUCAUAUGCACCCUCUGUCAGUUUUAGACCGUCGGUUAGUUCUAGACCAUCUUCAAGCACCGCCAAUUUCUUCACCGUCACACCUGGCACCACCGAAGCACCCAGCAUAUCCUUCCAACCGUCUGUAUCGGCCAGUCCCUCCAACCAACCCUCGGUUUCUUUGACUCCAUCCAAUCCCGGAGCAACAGCGGCAGCUAUCAUCUCGGCACCCACCAUUACUCCACGAAACUUCCCUGUCAGUGCCGUGUCUCGGACCAUUUCGGCUACUCUGGAUUUUGGAUUCUUUCUGGGAGCCGCCAUUACCACUCCCAGCAAUGCGGAACUGGUAGGAAUCUUGCAAGAGAUUGACGAAUUCUUCACGGGGACCAUUUCGCAAUCGCGCUUUGGAGGCGCAUUUACCGGGCUGCAAGUCGAUCACAUUCGUACCGAUUUUGAUCCCUCGCAAAUCGCCACGGCGGCCAAUCAAGACGGGUUCCCCGUGUCCUUGGUCAUUGAGUUGGUUGUGAACUUUGUGGACGGGUUCGGCAUUACGGUACCCACGGGGGAUGAAUUAGUGUUAGUGAUGGAAGAAGCCAAUUAUGUCGAUUUCAUUGAAAGCUAUGCCUGGGGUGCCGAACCCCAAGGAGGGAUCUUCUUUGAAACGAGUCUAAUCCAGUUUGUGGGGGUCGCUAACGGGGUACGAACAUGAGAAUUGAUAGUCGGGGGUUUACAGGAUGAACAAUGACCUUGAGCGGGGAUACAACCUAGCUAGAGAGGGAUGAUCAAAACUAUCUCCUUGGUUUCGCCAGGCGUCGCCCUGGGGUCCGUAGCAACUGUAUUACUACCGAAUGAAUGCGCUGUGCACACAACACCGCGAAUCAGAACGAGCCAGUGCGCUCUUUCUUCCUGAAGUCCAUUGAUCCAAAGAUGCAAGCCCAACACAAGCAGCAGGUAACCGCAAGAGUGGAUGGGAAAGAAGAGCUCCCCGGGCGCAAACCAGAUUUCGUGCUCUUUUUCCUUAUCUCCAUCGAUUCAAAGAUGCAAGCACAACAAGCAACAGGGAAGCAGAGUGGAUGGGAAGCAAAUCUCCGCAGAUUGGCAAACCAGAAUUCAUUCUGAAUGUCAACGCGCGAUGUCCAUCGUUGAAGAAGAGCCGGGCGCACCUAUCUGGAUGUCAUUUGGAGAGUGUAACAGUUCGCGCCAUUGGCAACAAUCUGUGGGCACCCUUACGGUAGUUGCCGUCCUAUUUGAGCACUACUACCUGUAGAACAGCCAACCUAACCUAGGAGGAAUCUGAGAAAGGCCGCUUCUGUCAUUUCUGCCUGCAAGCAACAGCUCGAAGCACCAAGCGGCGGCAAAAUCUCAUCAACUGGCUGUCUUGAACUACGCACUUUUGUCACAUGUAUAUACCGGUAGUUUUGACUGCCAACAAUUGACUCAGUGUACGCGAAGCCAACCUCCCGAUUUGUACACAGCCAUUGUGGUACCGUGCUGUCUUGUUUGCGGUCAGUAAGAAGGCCAACGAUACAUUAUAUCAAAGCAACCACUACAACCGUAACACUCGAAAGACACUGGGAAGCGCACGAUCCUUCAGCGGCUGCCGACAUGACUCAUCAGAUUCCGGCAGACGACUUGGUCACAGUAUUUCUCUGCGACAAGUUCAAGGAACGCUCCAAGACGGCCCGAGUUUGGAUUGAAGUCCGCAAUCCACACCACCAAUGACGAAGGUCGUUAUUGCCGCUCCAGCAGCAGUAUCACCAAGCAAGCCACCGAUCAAGCAGAGUGGACUCUUCAGCGCCACAAUCAAAGUUUGCACGAGCUUGCUGAUUUAUCCUCUAUGGCAUACGUUACCUAUACUGUCCGUGACUCUUGGCUGCCCAGCCCUGGAUCCAAUUGACCCUGCUGAAUCUUCCCAUGCUCCUACUCCCUCUGAUCCUGUCACCCAAGAACAUGUUGAUCCUCUGGUUCAUGGCUGGCUUCUGGCAUCGAGGUACGGAUUGUAUAUCUUCGAUGUCUCCCUCAUGGGUGUUGAGUCUCCUGGUUGGCGUGACCGCGUUAUCACUACUGCGAAGGCCCUUUCCCAGCACGAGAAGACCAAGAAGACGAAGUACCACAGCCAUGGCGGUGCCGUGCUGUCUUGUUUUCGGCAAUUUUAAGGCCAGCGAUACAUGAUGUACCGCACGGGGCGUCUAGUAGAGAAGGGAGCAACCACUAGCUAGUUUCGCUUACUAACCUUGAGCACUACUAGCUAGUUUGGGGUGCCAGUAACCAGCGCAGUCGAACACAAGAUGCCGGCCAGCAUAAAUCACUUGCUCAAUAAAUGUUAGCUACUAGUAACUACUACACAGGAAGUCGCUC